ACCGCUACCGCUACCAUGUCCGUCGGAUUCAUUCUCUACUACCCACACCCAGACCGACGCGCAUCAAACAUUUGAUCAGCAACGCUGAGCCCAAGAUACACGUCAAACUUUCUGAGGCCUUCUAUGUGUUUAAGUACAACAGCCACAGGGCCUGUCUGCAAUGCCUGAAUCAAACCUUUUCGAGCGCGCCCAACGGUGGAUCAAUAGCAAUUACGCCGCCAUGUCCGUUGUGAAUGCAAGCGAACAGGUCAACAUUGCGAACUAUGUCAAAUAUGAGUUCCCGGGUGGUUCUUCGGAGAUGCAGGAGGUCGAUAUAAUCAUUGUUACUUCUGACGUUCUGGAAGCCCUCGAUAGUCUUACCGAACCUCGUUUCGAAGCCACCCGUCUCCUAAACAUUUCUCGUCUCAGGACCAAGAACUUCACGCAGGGAGUUCCAUCGCCUUCGGACCGGGUGGUCCACGAUGUCGAAGGUCUUCAGAAGAUUUUCGGCGUCGGCGGCGUUUUUGUCCACGGUGGGCGGCCGGCGUACAACUAUGGUCCUCCUCCUGCCCUAUUCCACUCUGCUCUUGCCCAGUUAGAUUAUCAUCUUCGCCAUCUCGAUAACGACUUGGACGAGCUGACCAUCGAUGCUCAAUUCCUCGGCGACGUCAACGACUUCAUUGUCAAAAGUUUAGACAUUCAUAACUCUGAGGAAGACCGGUGGAAGGUGCUCCAAGUCCUCGUCAACAAGCUAGCGGGUUCUGCCGGAGAGACACAAGUUACUCGGUUUCAAGGUGCCAAACCCGACGUCAUGUGGUACGACCCGUACCUGACAAUGAUACAAGAAAACAAUAACGAAUUUGGGAUGGGCGGGGAUGCUUUCCUAAAAGCGGUUUUGUCGUAUGCCAAGGUUGUCGGAAGCAAUGAGUUCGCUCGUGCGCGGCAGCCGCCGACCAACCAUCCUGCAGUCCGGGUCGGACUAAUGGGCCACUUUAUCAGAUCGGGAGCGUCGUGUACGUUGGCGGCAACAUCUACUACGGAGAAUCAUACUCCCAGAAGCUGUCUUUGGGUCUGCACGGGCACAAACAUGUAUUGCGAUUGGCGAAGGCUUUCAAAGCUGUCCAACUUGCCACGAUGGCGAUACGGGACUUUCAUACCGAACUCGCGAUCAUGGGCCGCCCGAGAACAGCGUCAGUCAUCUAUUCCCGUCGCCUACCGCCCUCGACGGUCAACCGCUCCCGAAGCUGUCGUUCAAGUACAGAUUGUCUCGGACAAACGAUGAGUACGUCUUUCCUCGGAACCCGGACGAAGUACGAUCGGCGAUGUACAUUGCCACGUUGCAAGUCCCGGCCCAGGGAGCUGUACAGUCGUCCACGUCCAGCAGUGUCGAGGUCGUCGUCAAGUUCACGUCGCGGUACGGUGCUGCAGCCCACGAAGUCCUC